GUCUCUUUAUUUACGCCUACCUCCCAGCCCUUGGCAAUCUGACUAAUAACAAACUGAGCUAACAAGAAAGACUAGAAAAAGGAAGGACGGCAUUGCAGCAGCCUGGAUCUACAACCAAAGAAAGCAAGAGAGAUCAAUCCCAGCUUUGCGGAACAGUGAAACAUCUUGUUUAUUUACUCUGUUCAGCAGCUUGUAAAUGGUUAACUAUAUGCAAAAAAAAGAAAAAAAAAGUCAGCAUAGCUGUGAAGUAUGCCGUGAAUAUUAAUUGGGGGAAAAAAGGACUACUGCUCCAGGAUGCUCUAGUAUGUGUUCUGCCUGCACUACUUUCAGUGAAGAUAAGUGCUCAGCAUUUUGUCUAUGACCAGAGGUUUUAACUUUCUGAAGCUAUGGGACUUGACAAAACUGCUCUUUGAGGAGAAAGUGCGUGGUGGUCUGUGUUUUCUUUUAAAAUAAAGAAACUGCUUGACUUUGGACACCUCUUCCAGCUGUGCAUUUCAAAUAGCAUCAGGACAUCUCUGCAUUACAGAGUCAGAUCAAAUCCCAGGACAACAUGAAGCUGUGGAUUCAUCUCCUUUAUCCAUCUCUCCUUGCCUGCAUCUCUUUACAGUCCCAAUCUCCAAUGCCCUCCAUGAGAGGUUCUUGUGACACUCUCUGCAUCUGUGAAGAGAAAGAUGGCAUAAUGCUAAUAAACUGUGAAGGAAAGGGCAUUAAGACAUUAUCACAAAUAAGUGUGCCACCAUCACGACCUUUCCACCUAAGCUUAUUAAAUAAUGGCUUGACAGUGCUUCACACAAAUGACUUUUCCAGGCUUAGCAAUGCUCUCUCAAUUCACCUUGGAUUUAAUAACAUCGCAGAUAUUGAGACUGGUGCGUUUAAUGGCCUUGGCCUUCUCAAGCAACUCCAUAUCAAUCAUAAUUCUUUGGAAAUUCUUAAAGAGGAUACUUUCCAUGGUUUGGAAAACCUGGAAUUCCUGCAAGCUGAUAACAAUUUUAUCACAGUCAUUGAACCAAGUGCCUUCAGCAAGCUCAACCGGCUGAAAGUGUUAAUAUUAAAUGACAACGCUAUUGAGAGUCUCCCUCCGAAUAUAUUUCGAUUUGUUCCUCUAACACAUCUAGAUCUUCGUGGAAAUCAGUUGCAAGCAUUGCCUUAUGUUGGUUUUUUAGAACACAUUGGUCGGAUUUUGGAUCUCCAGUUGGAGGACAAUAAGUGGGCCUGCAAUUGUGAGUUAUUGGAGCUAAAAAACUGGUUGGAAAAUAUGCCUCCACAGUCUAUAAUUGGUGAUGUUGUAUGUAACAGUCCUCCAAUUUUCAAAGGGAGCAUAUUGAGUAGAUUGAAGAAGGAAUCCAUUUGUCCUACUCCACCAGUGUAUGAAGAACAUGAGGAUCCUUCAGGAUCACUGCUGGCAGUAACAGCUCCAGUAAGUGACAGCCGCUUAUCUACUAAGACCACAUCCAUCUUAAAGGCACCUACUAAGGCAGCAGGUUUGAUACCUUACCUUACAAAGCCAUCCACUCAGCUUCCAGCACCUUACUGUCCAAUUCCUUGCAACUGCAAAGUCCUAUCCCCUUCAGGACUUCUAAUCCACUGUCAAGAGCGCAAUAUUGAAAGCUUGUCAGAUCUACAACCUCCUCCACAAAAUACUAGGAAGCUUAUUCUAGCAGGGAAUAUUAUCCAUACAUUAAUUAAAUCUGAUCUGGUGGAAUAUUUCACUUUGGAAAUGCUUCACUUGGGAAACAAUCGUAUUGAAGUUCUUGAAGAAGGCUCAUUUAUGAAUCUAACAAGAUUACAAAAGCUGUAUCUCAAUGGUAAUCAUCUAACUAAAUUGAAUAGAGGCAUGUUUCUUGGUCUCCAUAGUCUUGAGUAUUUGUAUCUUGAAUACAAUGCAGUUAAGGAAAUAUUACCAGGAACCUUCAACUCAAUGCCUAAACUAAAAGUGCUUUAUUUAAAUAACAACCUCCUUCAAGGUUUACCACCACAUAUAUUUUCAGGUGUUCCUCUUACUAGAGUAAAUCUUAAAACAAACCAAUUCACCCAUUUACCUGUAAGUAACGUCUUAGAUGAUCUUGACUUAUUGAUCCAGAUUGACCUUGAGGAUAACCCCUGGGACUGUACCUGUGACCUGGUUGGAUUGCAGCAGUGGAUACAAAAGCUAGGCAAGAACACAGUGACAGAUGAUAUCCUCUGCACUUCCCCAUCACAUCUGGACAAAAAGGAAUUGAAAGCCCUAAAUAGUGAACUUCUUUGCCCUGGUUUGGUGAAUAACCCAUCCUUGUCAACUCAGACGAGCUACAUCAUAGUCACUUCUCCCACAGCAGGAACAAAUCCAGCUGGUACUAUCUUAGGUUCUCUUACUGAUGCUGUGCCUCUAUCCGUUUUAAUAUUAGGACUUCUGAUCGUAUUCAUAACUAUUGUGUUCUGUGCUGCAGGGAUAGUGGUUCUUGUUCUCCACCGCAGAAGAAGACACAAAAAGAAACAAGUAGAUGAGCAAAUUCGGGAGAACAGUCCUGUGCAUCUUCAGUACAGCAUGUAUGGACAUAAGACAACACACCACACAACUGAAAGACCCUCUGCCUCUCUGUAUGAGCAGCACAUGGUGAGCCCCAUGGUUCAUGUGUAUAGAAGUCCCUCCUUUGGUUCAAAGCAUUUGGAAGAGGAUGAAGAAAGGAAUGAGAAAGAAGGAAAUGAUGCAAAACACCUUCAAAGGAGCCUAUUAGAACGGGAAAAUCAUUCGCCACUUACCAGUUCAAAUAUGAAAUACAAAACUACAGACCAAUCAACAGAAUUUUUAUCCUUCCAGGAUGCAAGUUCAUUAUAUAGGAACAUUUUGGAGAAAGAAAGAGAACUUCAGCAAUUGGGAAUCACAGAGUACCUAAGAAAAAACAUUGCUCAGCUCCAGCCUGAUGUGGAGAUUCACUAUCCUGGAGCACAUGAAGAACUGAAAUUAAUGGAAACAUUAAUGUACUCACGGCCAAGGAAGGUAUUGGUGGAACAGACUAAAAAUGAGUAUUUUGAGCUUAAAGCUAAUUUACAUGCUGAACCUGACUAUUUGGAAGUCUUAGAGCAGCAAACAUAAGUGGACCACUUGCGGGCUUUCGCAGAAAUGCUGUGAUUCUGUUUAAAGUCCAAACAUUGGAAAAUAAGUGCCUUAUAUGAGUGUGUCAUCAAUCAGAACUUAAGCACAGCAGGAAUACUAUGGGAGAUAAAAGAAGAAAAUGAAACUCAGGGAUUAUUGGGUGAAGCCAUGGCAUUAUCUUCAGGCAAUUUAGACUGUCCCAAAUAAAAUAAAUCCUUGCAUGUAACUCAUACAAGGAUUGCAGUAAUACUUCUCCCUAUGCUUUAAAGUAUUUCAUAGAAUUCCUCUUUCACAUCUAAAUGGCUGAACAUCUGUAACAACCCUUAUUUUCUUGAAUUACUUUACCCAUAGCUAAAUGAAAUUGGAUUUCAUCAUUUAAAAAAUACCUGUGUGUGUGUGUGUGUAUAUAUAUAUAUAUAUAUAUAUAUAUAUAGUGUGUGUGUGUGUGUAAGGGAUGUGUUGGUUAUACAGUAUAUACUUCAGAAAUUUGCAUUGUCAGUCCCUCAGUUUUCAUGGAACUUUUAAGUUUUAAACAGCAAUAGUAAAUGAAACAAUGUAAAGUUUUUAAUUUUGUGGGCUAUUGAUGACAGAAUGUUGAACAAAGGAGAAUCAAACAAAUGCUACUCCUGUGCUUUCUGAAUUAAAACACUAGAUGACUGAUCAUUCAAAUGGGAUAAAUGAGCAAAUAUUUUGUUUUUCUACACAUUUUGUGUGGAUAUUCUUGAUGUAAAU